AUUAUUUCUUCUAAGUUCUAUCACAUGUGUUUUCUAACAAUUUACCAGGUCAUAAAAUCCCAAACAAAAAAAAAAAUCUAACAAUUUGCUUACAUUUUGUUGUUUUUACUUUGAUGAACUUAGCCAAUUUGAUUUUGAACGUUGUCCUAUUUAAGUAUUUAUAUAGGACAUAUUUUGUAAGUUAAAAAGAUUAUGCGUUGGGGGGAAAAGGAUACUCAUGCAUUCGUCAAAAUAUACUUGGCCCAAGAAUGCCUAUGGAAUCCAAAGGAUUUCUAUUUUAGAAGUAAACCAGAUAGACACACUGCGCGCAAACAAAUCAUAUCACAGUUUAGUUUACAAACUGGAAUAUUACUAACAGAGGACGAAGUUAAAGCAAAAAUUAGAAGCUUGUGUUCGACUUACUGUCAAGAAAAGAAAAAAAUUGAGUCACGUUCUCGUCCUGAUUAUGAGUUUAGACCAAAAAUAAAGUGGUUUUAUGAUUUCCACAAAUGUUUUAGCAAACGGAAUCUUCAGAAGUCACAAUCCAAACUUGAUGGAGCAGAACAUUCAGACGACUCAAAUUCCAAAUCCUGGGGAGAAAAUGAUCAAUCAGAUGAUCAAAGAAAUUUGAGCUCACAAAGUGACGAAUAUUUAUGUAUCCUUAAACCUGAGCCAGAGCAAGAAGCUAUUAUUGCCAAUGAAGAUAAUACUGUGUAUAGAUCAAAGAGACGGAAAUAUGAACACAGAUCAAAUGAAGAAAACAAUAACAGUAGAAACAGGAAAGAUGAGUUUGAUGUUUAUGGUGAAUAUGUUGCAGCCCAGUUACGGACAAUGGAAUUAAAAAAGGCCCUGAGAUUACAACUUGAAAUACAAGAAAUGAUAAGUGAAUCUCGAUUAUCAGACUUAAAUCAAUAAGUUUAUAGUUCAAUUUUAUUUACAAUUUUCAACAUAAGUGCACUAAUUUUAAGUAAUAUGUAAAGGAUGUAGUUAUUAUUAUUAUAUUGAUUAUUUACUGUUAAUUUAUUAUUAUAAACAAAUAAAAUCUUUUUUUAUUCAUUCUUAACAUCAAAUGAUUGUGGCCCAGAUGACAGCAAUGAUAAUGCACAGAUAAAAUAUGUAGCAUCUGAUUUAGAAAUAAAAUCCAAACCUUUCAAA